AAUUCUUGCAGUCAGACGAUGCAUGUGGUCCUGAUCGGUGUGUUACUGCUCCAGCUCGCAGCCGCUCAGAGAACUAAAUGUGCUUCUUUCUGUAAAUAGACGAAGAUUAAAUAUAGCAGGCAGUUCUAGUGGUUCACUUUGCUGUGUUGACUAUAUGGCUCCGAUGUUGUGUAGUUUGGAAAAGUUUCUCUUAAAGAGUUUCUACUGUGACUGGAAAUUAUGUUAAACUCUGAAGGAAAGUGAAACUCGACAGACAACUCUGAAGAGGCUGUAGUUGUGCGUCAUAUUUGGAUUAAAUGUCUGGAAAUUGUGAGCAGUUCCUUCCCAACGCCCUUCACAUGUCAUGAGCAUGGUCAGAGAAGGACUUCGUGUUUCAUAGCAGUGUGUGCCUAUGUCGGAUUCUCCAUUGCAUUUCUACAAGCUCAAGGGCUGAUAUGAAUAAAGCAGCGUCGUGGUCGAAGGAGGAGGUCUCGGUCUGGCUGACUGAUCAGGGCCUGCAGGAAUUCUCCGAACCAUUACAAAACUACGACGGACCGGCUUUGUUAAGUCUUGCGACGGAUGACUUCAAGAGGUCACCCCUCUCCAGGGUUACGUCAGACUGUGGUCGUCUGCUCCUGGAAAAGAUUGAGACUCUUAAGAUCGAGCAUCAUAUCGACGUCCACAAGAAUGGACAUGCCAAUGGGCACAUGGUGUUGAAUCAUAGCGGGAAUGCUGGGAGUGCAGGAAAGGCUCACCGGAAUGGCGUGGUGAAUGGCUUCCACAAGGAACUGGUGCAGAUUCCCAUACCAGAGCCUUGUUCUCCGCAGUUCCCUCCUGAGUGGGGAAAGACCGCUGUGGCUCUUGUCUAUGCCUUAUGCUGCUUCGUUUUGACCACUGUCAUUAUUUCUGUGGUCCAUGAACGUGUGCCUCCUAAGGAGGCAUCUCCACCGCUCCCUGACAAGUUCUUUGACUUUUUUGAUCGAGUGGAGUGGGCUUUCACUAUAUGCGAGAUCAACGGAAUGAUUCUGAUGGUCUUGUGGAUUAUACAGCUGAGUCUCUUAAAACAUAAAUCAAUUGUAGGUCGACGCUUCUUUUUCAUAGUCGGGACGCUCUACCUCUACAGGUGCAUCACCAUGUACAUUACUACUCUUCCUGUGCCUGGCAUGCACUUUAAAUGCUCUCCUAAGCUGCAUGGUGACUGGGAAUCUCAGAUGCGGCGGGUGAUGAAAAUGAUUGCAGGGGGAGGUCUGACCAUCACGGGCUCUCAUAACAUGUGUGGAGACUACUUGUACAGCGGCCACACGGUCAUGCUCACCCUCACUUAUCUCUUCACGAAGGAGUAUUCUCCUAGAAGGUUCUGGUGGUACCACUGGGGCUGCUGGGCUCUGAGUGCAAUAGGAGUGUUUUGCAUCCUUCUUGCUCAUGACCACUACACGAUUGAUGUCAUUGUGGCCUACUUCAUCACCACACGUCUCUUCUGGUGGUAUCACACAAUGGCCAACCAACAAGCUCUCAAAGAGACGUCCCAGACCAACUUUUUCACCCAUGUAUGGUGGUACCGAUUUUUCCAGUACCUGGAAAACAACGUUCGUGCUGUCGUCCCACGCAGCUACCAGAAGCCCUUCUCAUGGCGAUCGCUGCAUUGGGGCCACGUGAAGUACACACGGAUAGACUCAGACUGACCAGUGUGCAAAUGCUACAUUUGGAAUAUGUGCCCAAAGUGCCGAAACAAGCCUGAAGUUGUGUCUGAUCCCUUUAAUUAACAAAAACCAGUCAUCCAAAGUAUCUCAUUCCUCUGUGAUGUCCUCACAGGAUUGGUUUUGGAUGUAAAACUGAGCACAUGUCAGUGAUUUUGUGUUAUUGGGCUUGCGUUGGCCCGUAGCAUCAUCCUGCAUUGCACCAACAAAAUUCACAAAAGAUGAGCCAGCAAACUAAAUGCCAAGUUAUUUCUUUGUAUCUUCAGUAUCUUUGCCCCUGUUUACAGGCACGAAGCCAUCUUUUCAAGCUAUUUUUUGUUAACUCAAGUAAGCAAUUUGACAAACUAUAAAAAGUGCAUUUUUCUGUUUGGAAGGAACAAGAAUCAGGUUUGUACAGCCUUGCAUUUUUCUAGUAGUCUGCUAAACAACACUUGCUGUCAGAGAAGGUUUAUUUUUUGAAAUGAUCCUUUACAUCGAGAGCUACAGAUGAAGUUUAUCGUUUGAAUAAUCUAAUGUUCCUCAGUGCCUUAAUAGUUCAUGGUGAACAGUGGUCUGACAGUCAGCUGUAGUAAUGUUUUUAUGUUUGUUCAAAGAACAUUUCAGUGUUUUGAACCACGUACCUGUAUGCUUGAAACAGAACUCACCUCGUCGCUCGACUGUAACAAUACUGUUCCUAUUGAAAGUGUAUUUCCAUGACCAUGUCAGCAAAGCUAAUUCUGUUGUCCAUAACCAUUUCUCAAAAUUUAUUUAUUUAUGUCUUUGUUCUGUUAUAUUUAGUAUUUGUUUCUGGAAUCGUUUUUUUGGCACGUUGUUUGUUUUUCAGACAGCUGGUGCUUUAUGGCUCUGACUGAAAUCUGGGUUUCUGGGGUGUUCUGGGUUUGACUGACAAAAAGAUGUGAACCGAUCCAUCCUUUCCAUGAGCCAGAACAGUUGAACUGCCCCGUUGACCAUCCAAUACGACAAGCUGCUAUAUUGUGAUGUAAAAGUAGGAGGUGUUCAUCCAUUGACAAACAAAUAAAUUGCAAAAUAUCAGCA